UCCCUACACGCAGUUCAAAGUUGGGGUCUGAGCUGGCGCCCCGCGCCGAAGCCCUUCUAGGUGGGGUACUGUUGAGCUCCCCUCUCCCGCGUCGAGGCCCCUUACUCUUGGGGCCCCGCACCCGGUAGCCGGGACGGCACGGCACUAAAAGGGUAGGGUCCGAAGCAGGACCAGACUCCCCCGUCCCCAUGGCAUUCGCCAUGCUGCGCCCAGUGGCCGCCCACGUGCUAUACCCCGACCUCAGCCUGCUAAGUGAGGACGAGGAGAACCGCAGCGAGAGCGAUGCUUCGGACCAGUCGUAUGGCGGCUACGAAGGGUUGGAGCCCGCUCGGCGGAGGACCGGGAGCGGGGCCGGGGGCGGUAGCAGCCGCCGAACCGGGGCCGGUGGUGGCGUUGGAGGCGGCGGGGGGCCAGUGGUGGUAGUGAAGCAGAGACAAGCGGCUAACGCGCGGGAACGAGACCGGACCCAGAGUGUCAACACGGCCUUCACGGCGCUGCGCACGCUUAUCCCCACCGAGCCCGUGGAUCGCAAGCUGUCCAAGAUCGAGACCUUGCGCCUGGCUUCCAGCUAUAUCUCUCAUCUGGCCAACGUGUUGCUGCUGGGCGAAGGCUGCGACGACGGGCAGCCGUGUUUCCGCGCCGUCUGCGGACCCAAGGGCGAGCGCAGCGCAUCUGGGAGCGGUGGUGGAGACGCUCGACAGCAGCCGCGCACUAUCUGUACCUUCUGCCUCAGUAAUCAGCGCAAGGCGGGCAGUCGACGGGACUUUGGAGGCAGCUGUCUGAAGGCAAGAGGGGCAGCCCCACUUCGGGUGCCAAGGAGAUGAUCCUGGAGUCCCCUCCCUGAAGCGUUCAUUCCACAUGGUGGUCCCAGAUUCCUGGAGAGAGGGUCGAAGGACAGAGCAGGGAGGAAAGGGGCCUCACUGGCCUGUGCUGGCCAGACCAGGAGGAGACUAAGGGUCCCAGAGCUACGCUAUCUGUGCAGGCUAAGAGACUGGGUGGGAAUGUUAGUGCUUGGGCUGGGGGGUAGGCUGAAUCUCCUCCUCCGACGGUCUCAAGGCUGUGGCCCAACUCCCAGAGUGCUAACUACACCAGUCCUCACUGGUCAGAGACAAUGCAGAACUCUAAGAAUUAAGUCUAUUGGGGGGUGUGUGCAUGCAUAGGUCAGUGUGUGUGUGUGUGUGUGUGUGUGUGUGUGUGUGUGUGUGUGUGUGCUGGGAAGUGUUUAUGAAAUAUAUGGGCAUGUGUG